UCGCUCGCAUUCCUGCUCUCAACACCGACGCCAAUGUAGCGUUCUGAGGUAGCAAGCAAGUAGCCAAGGCUUAAAUUUUCUACCACUAUGACAAGCGGUGGACAGACAGCUGGAGAAAGACGGACAGUCCGGGAGAUCUGAGGGAAAGUCAUUUGAUGGACAUCAGUUGGAUUUAACCCCCCCCUUUCAUCCCCCUGCCAGCCUCAUCCCUACAAAUCCUCUCCCUCACUCUCGCUCUCUAUCCAGUUCCACUGGCUCUCUUCAUGUAAGAUUACCAUCGGCUAAUAGCACUAAAGCACCGGGCUGUCUGGGAGUGAGGGGAAGCUGAAGCUGACCCAAAACAGGGAAAAAGACUGCAGAGGAAGCCCCUGGACUGAAGCAUAAAAACACGGUAAAAAAGCUGCAGAGGAGGGUUGCUGCCCUGCCUGGCCUGUUUCUCAUUGACAGACACACACAGGAUGUACAGCUCUGGUCUGAAGCUUGCCACACCGUGGAUCAAUACCCUCCUGCCUGCCUUUUUCUUAUGCAUUUUUACUCAAGGGAGAGUGAAGCAUCUUGGGAUUUACUGUCAUUUCGUUUCCACCUAACUACAGCGAGGCUUGCCCCGCCGGACAGCACUUUCACCUGACCGUGUCCAACCUGUGUGCAUAUGAGUGUGUCUGUGUUUGUUUGUGUGUGUGUGUAAUUAGUUAGCUUGGCGCCAGAGGGAGUGUAUAUUUGCUUACAUGUGCAUCUGUGUGAGCUGCUUGGCUUGUAAUUACUUGUAUGUGUCUGUGGGUGCCGUCUUGUGUCCAUGUGUGUGUGGGUAUAAAUGUAGGAAUUUUGUGUGGAUGAAUUGGUAUGAUGCCCAGUUCCAUGCCCCAUCCCCUCCCUCCUUCCUACCCUUUUGUCAUUGGGUCCCCGGUUUGACCCCUGACCUUUGACGGCCUCAGCAGGAUGAGUGAGCACUCGGGAGCGAGCACUCUGGGGGCCAUGACCCUGGAGGAGCCUGGGGGCGAACCGGCCUCCCCUCAGGCCCCGGGGCCUCUCCGCUGUGGGCCCUGUUCGGUGUGGCACCGGCAGCAGACCUGGAUGUGCGCAGUGCCCUUAGUGAUGGGCUUCGUGGGCCUGGGCCUCAGUCUCAUGCUGCUCAAAUGGAUUGUAGUGGGUUCCGUUCAAGACUAUGUGCCCACGGAUCUAGUGGAUGCCAAGGGCAUAGGGCAGGACCCCAUCUUUCUCUCUGAACCCAGCGCUCCAUCCAAGCGACCAGACACUAUGACCACGACUACGAAGAACACCGCUACCGCGUUUGUCUCCACCACCUCUCUAGCGGCCGACAGCACGGUCCCAGCCCCGAGAACUCAAUUUGGGUUGCCCUCCAACCACUCAGUCCCGCACCUCCACAACUGGGUUGGCAGUGGCACCCGCGUGACUGGCGCCACCACCCGCAUCACACGACUCCCCCCACCUGGGGGUAAAGAAGUGACCCCACACAGCACCACAGUACUUCGGGUCGGCGGCACAGCCAAUGGUCGUAAGGAUAAGGACCCCCCGAACUCGCGAUCCGGUCCAACCUCCAAAGCUACUAGCACAACUUUGACUGCCAACACCACAAGCAAGGCACUACCACCAACUUUUCCACCAUCUCCUCCAGCCAAGCCCACCGGGCACUGGAAACCUGGACGCUCUGCGAAAGGGCCCGCCACACGCCCUCACCACCGCUACAGAACGCCUCUGGCUCCCACAUCCCCUAGUCUGCGUUCAGAUGUCUUCAAGUCAUGCAUCGACGACAAGGACCUGGCCUUCUGCCUCAAUGAGGGCGAGUGCUCCAUCAUUGAGACAGUAGCAGGAGUACACAGGCACUGCAGGUGUAAAGAGGGUUACCACGGACUACGCUGUGACCAGUUUGUACCCAAGACGGACUCCAUCUUAUCUGACCCAACCCUUACACAGCCUGGAGCAGCUGAUGAACUGGGCAUCAAGUUCAUGGAAAGCCAUGAGACUUACCAGAGAAAGGUGCUGUCCAUCUUCAGCAUUGCCUCGGGGAUCUGUUUUCUCGGAGUGGCAAGCAUGGCUCUCUAUCACCGCAACAAGAGACACAGGGAAAAGCUCCGGGCACACUUCUUGGAGAGCCGGAAUCUGAGGGUGUGCAGUAUCAACGCCUCUGGGUUAAUGUCUAAAUCCAGCCCAAGGCCUCAGUGUGGCUGGCAGCUUCAAAAGGCAUGUGGUAAUGGAUGGAGCGGAAUCAGGUGCAGCAGUCUGUCAGCUGGCGCACCAACAGCAGCUCCACCGGCUCUCAACAGAGCACUCCCUAAAGGGAAAAGCUUCAGGAGUAGCUCCCUGUCCCUCAGUCCAGCCCAAAGACACCAGGACACUCAUCACUUCAGGACCCUGCCAAUCUCUCGAGGACCAAGGGUUGCUGGCCCCGCCUAUAAACACCUGCAAGAGGUAGAGUCUACAGAGAUGGAGGCGGAGUCUUUAAGAGGGUUUGGCACUGGGAGGGAUGACCAGCGGAGCAGGUUCCAGAAUAUGCAAACCCUGUCUCAUUCAGCAUGGAAGAAAGAUUGGAGGGAGGUGCCCUACACCCGUCUGGACAGAGGACUAAAACCUGCUCCUCCCUCACUCCGCACACGAUCGGUCCCCAUCAUCCCCUCUCUCCAGGGACACGGCCGUGAGGGGGAUCACAUGGAUGAGACCAGGCAGGGGGUCUCGCAGGCAGGGGGUCUCGCUGGGCCAGGUCACAAGCCCCAAGGACCUGCCAAUGGCAGCAACCACACCCCCCGUCACUUAACCACCUCUUCCUCUGAGACUGUACUAGAAUCUGAGGCCAGAUCCAGUCAUGUGCGUCCCUGCGGCAUUAAGACUGUACUGGGGUUAGGGACAAGCCCUAGCCACAUGCACCAUGGCUCCUCUGAAACUCCAGUAGGGCCAGGGGGCUCGUUCCAACACUCCGGGACAGCAGCAUCCAGAUCAGGUGUUCCCAGGUUGAACAGCAGGAACACUAUUAUUGCUGUGACCGUGCUGGAGUCCGAGGGAAAGAACAUGCGGUAUACACCCAGAUUGCUAUACAGCUGUCCCGGGAGCAGGGGUCCUCAGUCAAGAGGCCAAAGGGAGGCCAAGGGGCUCGGGGAACAAUACGCCCCCCCACCCCUGAUGGAUGGAGGGGCAAACUGCUUCCUGACAGCAGUGGUCAGCAGAGGUGCUGGAAUUAAUUAUGCCAAAACUUCUGCCAGCUGA